AGAAAGCAAAGAUGGAGGCCGAGUGAUACCUUUACUGACAGCCUACUUCUAGAAUUGUGUGUUGUUGUCGCCUCAGCUGGCCAUCAUGUCGAGAGCAUUGAUUCCUAGUCAGCAAAAGCUUGCUGAGAAGCUGACGGUCCUGACUGACAGGGGCCGGGGGAUGCUUACACGCAUUUACAACAUAAAGAAGAUGUCUAUGUUGGGAAGUGCAGAAAACAAGCCAGCUUUCCUGUCGGACAAAAACCUGGAGGCUGCUUUUAAACACUUACUAAGGAGGUUCCCCAAUCCGGACGCCAAAGCCAGCGCAUUGCUGCCUAUAAACUCCAUCAAGAACGAUGUGUGUAAGUCUCUACACCUCUACUACUUCACCUUUGUCGACAUCAUGGACUUCAAGGACCAUGUUGUAGACUUACUGACCACAAUGGACGCCUGUCAAGUCUACCUGGAUAUUACCUUGAACUAUGACCUCACUAAAAUGUACCUUGACCUGAUAGUCACCUAUGUGUCCAUUAUGAUCCUGGUAUCGAAGGUGGAGGAUCGCCGAGUGGUUCUGUCGCUCUACAACAUCGCACAUGAGUAUUUACAUGCCACAGGUGACCCUUGGUUCCCACGACUUGGUCAGAUGAUAUUGGAGUAUGACUACCCAAUGAAGAAGUUAGCGGAGGACUUCGUGCCUCAUACCCGGGUGGUACGACAUGCGAUCCUGUCCCUUCAGAAGAUCUACCCGAAACGUAACAUUCCCGCUGAUCAGAUGCGGGCCACUCAGCUCCUCACACUCCUUGGAGAGCCAGCUAAGAUCAUGAAUGUCCCUAACACAGAUAUGAUACAGUGUGAAUACUUGUCACAAGACUCCAUGGAGAAAUGGAUUAUUUUCUGCCUGAUGAUCUGCCACCCAUUCCUACAGGAGCCCCAGGCCUGGGAUCUGUGGAAGACUGCCCUUCAGUCUGGCUAUAUCGUCCAGCUCGUUAGGGAUGAGGUCCUUCACAUACACAGCUAUAUCAUCUCAUUCUUUGAGAGUCUGAAAGGUCAACACCUGAGCAAAAGAAUCACAGAAAUCAAGGAGCUUCAUCAUCAGGCAUUACAGACAGCGCCAGGGGUUCACCGUGAGAGGAGAAAAUUCCUCCGUUCAGCCCUGAAGGAGUUAGCUCUGAUCUACACAGACCAGCCCGGGCUCCUUGGUCCAAAGGCCCUGUAUGUGUUCCAAGGCUUGUCUAUAGCCCGAGAUGAAAUCCAUUGGCUUCUGCGACAUUUUGACAAUCCUCCAUCAAAGAAACAUAACAUAAAGAUUGCACAGGAGGACUUCGUAGAUAGACAAAUUCCUGAGCUACUUUUCUAUAUGGAAGAACUAAAAGCCCUGGUGAGGAAGUAUAACCAGGUGAUGCAAAGAUACUACGUACAAUAUUUAUCUGGCUUUGACUCCGUCUUACUGAACCAACUCAUACAGAACCUAGCAAUGUGCCCGGAGGACGAGUCGGUCAUCCUCUCAUCUUUGUACAACUCUGUAGCUGGUCUUACAGUACAACAAGUUGAGGCCAAUGAUGUAUUUGACUUCCGAGGUAUUCGAUUGGACUGGUUUCGACUUCAGGCGUACACAAGUGGUAACAAAGCAGGCCUUACCCUGAAGGAUCAUCAAGAUCUCGGUAAACAUCUCAACAUGAUUGUUUUCCACACAAAGAUGGUGGAUUUCCUCGACCAGAUGCUGACAGAAACCUCUGAUUUAUCUAUUUACUGCUUCUACACUCAGAUCUUCGAGCACCAGUUCAAACAGUGUAUAGAAUUUCCAUCACAACACCGAUACAGUAUUGUCUUCCCUCUCAUCUGUGGACACUUCAUGGUGGCCACACACGAACUCUGUCCCGAGGAGAGACACUCGAUUGGGACAACAAGUGUUCAGUAUGCUCACUGGUUCCUCAAGGAAAUCUCAGAUGAGGUGAACCAAGUCAUCACCGCUAUUUGUGAGGAGCAGUGUCUACUCAGUUAUAAGCUGUUACCCAAACACAGUGCUGCUACCAUCCUGGCCUCAGCACAGAAGAAUAAACCAACCAAAGACAAGAAUAAAAAAACGGCGGAGAAGGAGAGACCCGGAGAGGAGUCCUUCAGAAAGAACAGGGAAAAUUUUACACGAAUGGACAAGCUACAUAUGGCCCUGACCGAAAUGUGUUAUGCCAUCAACUACUGUAACGUGAUACAGGUAUGGGAACAUGGAUUUGUUCCUCGGGAGUUCUUCCUACAGCAUCUGGAGACACGAUUUAAUAAAGCAUUAGUGGGUAUGAUGAUGUACAACCCAGAGACAAAUGAGAUUGCCAAACCGUCAGAACUGCUGAGUGGGGUGAAAGCGGUGAUGAACGUACUACAGGGCCUGGAGAAUUAUGUACACCUGGAUAUUGCUAGAGUAUUUAACAGUGUGCUACCCCAGCAGACACAGGCUACAGACAGCUUCAAUGGAGAGAAAACUAUCACAGCCAACUAUGCCAGCUGGUAUCUGGACGUUCUGUUGAGGAAGGCUACAGUAAAUAUUGGCCAGAUUGUUUACUCACCCAACUAUAAGUCAUUUGUGACAGUGGCAGCAGAGUCCAAUCAACAGGUGAUACUGCAAGCUGAGGAGUAUGCUGACCUAACAGAGUUGCGGGCCUUAGCUGAACUCAUUGGUCCGUAUGGCAUGCGCUAUCUGGGUGAGAGACUUAUGGGGCAUGUUGCUAGUCAGGUGGAUGAGCUAAAGAAACUGGUAGUGCAGAAUCGUGAGACCUUAGUUCAAUUGAGGACAAGUUUUGACAAACCAGAAGUGAUGAGGGAACUUACUAAAAAGUUAAAUAAACCCAAGACAGCUGCAAAUUCAAAACAAACUGCUACAGAUGCUGACAGUGUAUUGAUGAGGAUGACCAUGAUAGGAGUACUGCUGUCUUUCCGCUCCUUGGCCCAGGAGGCCCUGCUUGAUGUAUUAGAGGACCGUAUACCAUUCCUAAUGGCAUCCGUCAAGGACCUACAACAUUUUGUCCCUAACACCAAAGACUCCAAGUAUUCUUCCAUGAAACAGCAGGUAGUUAACGAGAUGGCCUCUGCUGGGGGUCUGUCCUGUAACGUGGACCCCACCCUGAUUAACGCCCUCCGACAGAUGAAGUGUGGACAGCACAAUUUAUCGGAUUCAACAGACGAUAUCUCAGAAGAACACAAGGAAAGCGAGUAUGAGAUCGUAUGCCUACUGAUGGUCUUCAUUGCUGUGUCCAUCCCCAAACUGGCCCGCCUGGAAACGUCCGUGUUCAAGGCCUCUCUGGAAGGGCAUGUCAACAACACUCACUGUCUCGCUAAGACCAUCAACCAGCUGGCUGGGGCUCUCUUCUCCAUCCAUGGACCAGGGGACGUGGCUGAACGACUACAGGAGUUUUUGGCUUUGGCCUCAUCGAGUUUGCUCAGACUUGGACAGGAGAGUGAAAAGGAGAUGAUUCGCAAUAGAGAGUCGGUCUACCUACUGUUGGAUGAGAUAGUACAGGAGUCACCUUACCUAACUAUGGACCUACUGGAGUCCUGCUUCCCCUACGCUCUACUGAGGAAUGCCUACCACUCCACUUAUAAGGCUUCAGCUCACGAGACAUAAAACAGGACAAUAUGUAUUGUAUCAUAUUAUAUACAGCGAAAAGCGGCAUCCCUACCAUUAUACAGACAAGGCUGUGCAACCAAGCUUAAAAGUAUAAUAGCAACUACAAGGCCCUGACCCAUGAGGCUUACUAUGGGAUAAGAGUGUACUACCUAAAGAAGGUCACCACAGGUAAACAGCAGCAUCCCUGUUUUGCGUGGACAAGUCUGUGGGGCCUAGUUAUGCAGCAUUAUAGAAUGUUCCAUGCCAUUGAUACAGCUUCCUUACCAUUGGUCGGACAAGGCUGUGGGUCUUAAUGAUACACCUUCCUUAUCAUUAUUUGGACAAGUCUGUGGGGCCUAGUUAUGUAGCAUUAUAGAAUGUUCCAUGCCAUUUGUGGGCAAAGCUGUGGGUCUUUAUGAUACAGCUUCCUUACCACUGUUCAGACAAGGCUGCAGGAACUCAACAGUACUGAUAACAACUUCUCAGCUUGUGUGUGUACUAGCUAGCUAUAGGCUGUUGAAUCUGAAGUUAGAACGGCUUCCCUACCAUUGUGUGUACUAGGCUGUGGAACCUGAAUUUAUAAUGGCUUCCCCGCCAUUAUGUGGACAAGACUGCUAAACCUUCAGCAAUAGCAAUGCCCAACCAUUAUGUGUUCAAGGCUGUGGAACCUUAUAGUCUUAUAGAAGAGUCCCUACCAUUUUAUGUACCAGGCUGUUUGACCUGGUGUAGACAGGAUUGACAAUAUUUAACUACCGCGCUAUUGCUUUAUUUUACUUUCAGCUGAAUAACACAAGUGGCCUAGAUUAGGGACUGGAGUGUAACAGGCUUUUCUGGUGGGAUUGAGAAAAUAGAGUUGUAUUCCAUUUUAAAUUUACUCAAAAGUAUUUUAACAUUAACCAAGAAUAAUUUAUAUCGAUGUUAGAAUAAUGGAACUACAUGUUACUUCAAUUUGAUAACAGUAUAGACAAUUUUUUGCAAUUAUUUGUAU